AUGCCUGCAAAGAAGAUUCGCUGCACCGCCAAGGACUGCCGUGAUGCCGCUCAGCGCAUCGUUGGCGACUGCGGCUUCUGCCAGGGCCACUUCUGUGGCAAGCACCGCCUUUUGGAAGACCACAAGUGCUCCGGCCUUGAAGACUGCAAAAAGGAGUCACACGAGCGCAACGCAGCGCAGCUCGAGUCCGAAAGGACACAAAUGAUCCGCGGCGUCGCCGUAUCGGAAGCCAUCGCCGUCGCCGUCACCAUCGACGAGCGACUGCAAACCAGGCGGUGCGACUGA